UGGGACUAACCUCAUGAAGAACAAGGGAGCCAAACAGAAACUCAAGAGGAAGGGAGCCGCAAGCGCGUUCGGCUGCGACCUGACGGAGUAUCUGGAGAGCUCUGGGCAGGAUGUCCCCUACGUGUUGAAGAGCUGUGCGGAGUUCAUUGAAACGCAUGGCAUCGUGGAUGGGAUCUACCGCCUCUCAGGAGUGACAUCCAACAUACAAAAGCUGAGACAAGAGUUUGUUUCUGAUCAAUGCCCGGAUCUGACAAGGGAAGUUUACCUCCAGGACAUCCACUGCGUGGGAUCACUCUGCAAGCUGUACUUCAGGGAACUGCCCAACCCUCUCCUCACUUAUGAGCUCUACAAGAAAUUCACGGAAGCAGUAUCCCGCUUCCCGGAGGACGAGCAGUUGGCACGAAUUCAGAAUGUCAUCCAGGAGCUCCCACCAUCGCAUUACAGAACGCUGGAAUACCUGAUCAAGCACCUGACUCACUUGGCCUCCUUCAGCAACAUGACCAACAUGCACACCAGAAACUUGGCCUUGGUGUGGGCUCCCAAUCUCCUCAGGUCAAAGGAGAUUGAGGCAGUUGGCUGCAAUGGGGAUGCAGCUUUUCUGGAGGUGCGAGUGCAGCAGCUGGUGAUUGAGUUCAUCUUGAAUCACGUGGAUCAGAUCUUCAGCAACAACAGGAAAGCCAGCUCUGCAGAGAACAUUGAGAGUGCAUCAGUGGUGAAAAGCCUGACCCUCCCCUCGGCAUCCCUGCCCAUGAAACUGGUGAGCCUGGAAGAAGCGCAGGCACGGAGCCUGUCUGCAUCCCACCCUGCUCGGAAGGAGAGAAGGGAGAACAGCUUGCCUGAAAUUGUGCCUGUAACCGGGUCCCUAUUCCACACAGUCGUUGACCUCCCCGACAGCAAGAGAAAAUUAUCUACCAAGUCCAAGAAAUGGAAGUCAAUAUUUAACUUGGGCCGUUCUGGCUCAGAAUCAAAGUCUAAACUGAGUCGAAACGGGAGUGUCUUCGUAAGGGCACAGAAGCUUUCUGAAAAAGCAACUAUUCGGCCCGCGAAGAGCAUGGACUCACUGUGUUCCCUGCCCGUGGAAGGGGAGGAUGAGAAGAGCAGAUUCAAACGAGCAGUGACUACUGGAGGGUUUUUUGUUCCGGUGAUGAAGAUCCGCACAGGAGGCACAGGCAGCUCGUAUGACCUCAGCAAGGAGAAUGAGUGGGAGCGGGAAGGAUCUGCCAUGGGGGCCAGAGGAAGCACAGAGCUGAGUGGGGAGAAAGGACAACCCCGGACACCACAGGCAAAGUCACCCCCUGAGCAGCUGAAGGUCUUCCGGGCAGCAGAGGAUGCUGAGAAUGAGCAGACUUCCCCCAAAGGUGGCCGCAUGUUCUACACUUGUGAAACAAGCACCAAGUCGGGCUUCCCAAGCAGCCUCUUCCCCUUGGAAGCCUCCCCUCGUCACCAGAGGAAAGCCUUGAACAUCUCAGAGCCUUUCGCUGUCUCUGUCCCAUUGCGGGUAUCUGCAGUCAUCAGCACCAACAGCACCCCGUGCCGUGUGCCCACCAAGGAGAAGCUGUCCCUCUCCAGCCUAGAGGAGCUGUCUUCCCUGGUGACUGAGAACACAAGCCCCUCUGCCUCGGAAGCAGGGACCCACACGAGGACAGAACAGGUGCUGGAGAGGAAGGAGAAACAUCUGGGGACCACUCUGCCAGUGGCAGCACCCAGAGGAUCUCCCCCUGAGGAUCUGGUGGCAGCCAGGAAACCAGAGUCCUUAGAAACUCCACAACCAGCAGCAGAAAAUGAGGGGAUGUUAUGUGGGCAAAACAGCCCCAGCAGCCCCCAGGAGUUCUCAGAGCAGAGUCCCACCUUGGAACAAACACCAGCCUCAGAGGUUCAUAAGGGGCCGCUGCCUGCAGACAAGGCAGAGCAAGGACAGCUCAAGACAAAGGAUGUCUCCUCAGAAGGCAGCUGUGCUCAGCAGGAGAUCAAGACAGCCAAGACGGAAGAAGGGUCAUGCUUUAGACAUGUGACUGAGGACCCUGCCAAUGCCCUUCUAGAACCGCUGUGGCCAGAGAUACAGCAGGAACUGAAAAUCAUUGAGCCUGAAGAGGAACUCUUGCUUUUGCCAGCUGCUGCCCCCAAGAUGGGUCUGAUUUCUGAAUCCUCUUCUUCAACACAAGCAGAUAGUUCUUCCUCUGGCCCAGGGCAGAGUCCAGCCCUAUCUGAGCAGAAAUCUGCAAGCAGAACACCACAGAUAACGACCCAGGUGCCUUUGUUUGGUGCCACCAGCAUGGAACAGGAAGACAGCCUCCACAGGGGUCAGUCUGAUGUGGUUGCACAGCAGAGCUGUGCUUCAGCCCUACCCAGACUGGGUACUUCUCCAGCUGGCACAGCCAUUCCAAAGAACCACCAUGCAGUGGUGGACAGCCCGAGUGACUGUCUUGCUCCUCCCCUGGACUGGAAGCUCUGUGAUCAAUCAGAAUUUAAUGAGGUUGCUCCAAGUGAUGGAUUUUCUUGUUCCAAAGGAGCAUGUCCAGAGUCUGGGAGAGAAAAAGAUAGCACUUGCCAGCUGCAGAGGGAAAAGAAUGGUCUUCCCAGAGGCCAGGCACAGAAGCAGAAGCUUGAAACCAUGACUGCUGAUGAAAGGGACACAUUCUGCUCCAAGGCACUGAGUGGAGCUGGAAUCCAGGAGCUGAAGGAGGGCAAUGCUGUUAGCAGAACCCAUGAUGCUGGUGACCAGGAUGAUGAGGAUACCUGGACAGAUAAUGUGCAAAGCUUAGAACUUGUGGAGCCAUGGGAAGAUCACCAGUGGGUUACGAGCCCACUCCAUUCCCCCACCUUUAAGGACAUUCAGGAGAAGAUGAUACCUGAGUUUCAUCCCCAGAGCCAGAGAACAGAGACAGGCCUUUCUCUUAGACCACGAUUCAGUCGCAGCCUGUCCCUGGACAGUAAAGACACAGUGAUGAGUCUGUGGACUAUCCCAUUCUCUUUCAUAGAUGCCACUGACCAACAGCAGCCACACAGUGACAUUCGGCCAGUGACACAACCCAUCUCCCCCUCUAGUUCGGGCAAAGUUAAGCAAGGUGAGAAUGGCACAAGUCCUCCAGAAGAACCUGCCAAAAAUGAUGAGCUGAGGUGUCCCCUCACCAGGGAGGAAGCACCAGCUGAGAAGGAAGCACCUUCCAGAAUCCUUCUUUCACAGCCAGAGGAAAAGAAAGUGGAUGUGAGCAAAGAACACCCUUGGAACUCAAAGCUUGAACUGUCUAUACCAUACCAAAAUAGCUCAGGCAGCUCUUCACAGGCAAAGAACAUGGAGGAGAAGUUAUCCAUGUCUCAGGGCACUGCCCUGGGAGGAGAGACUGUUGUCAAAGCGUUGUGCUCUGCCACUGAGUCACAGCUGAGUAGUAAAGGUGAAGAAACACCUCGUAAAGUGAAGACUCGGCCAUCAUCUCUCAACUUGGAUUCACUCCUUCCAGCCCCAGAUUUCUUCACAUUCGAGAGCCUGUCCAUGCCUUCUGCCCCUGGGAGCCUCCUCUGCGGGCAGAAGGAAGUGAAAAGCAGUGAUUCUGUUCCAUCGCUGCCCACUGCCUGCCCUGCUGCCAGUAAAGGUGUUACUUGGGGGUCUCAUUUCAAUGCCCAUGUGGAUCUAGACUUGGAUUACCUAGCAGUAGCCCAUGCCACCACUGGCCGUCGUAACUCUGCCCCUGUCAGCGUGUCGGCGGUCAGGACCUCCUUCAUGAUUAAGAUGUGCCAGGCUCGAGCGGUGCCUGUGAUACCGCCCAAGAUCCAGUACACCCAGAUCCCCCAGCCCCUGCAGGCUCAGAACAUUGCUCCUCCAGCUGAGAAGAAGGAACCAGAAGCCAAGCAGGCAGUCAGGCAGACUCAACGGGUGGCAUGGAGCCACUUGGAGACCCCCAAGAGCCCUCUGGCAGAGAAGAAAGCCAAAGCAGAGAAAGAAAACAGUGACCCAGCUCAAAAGGACUCAGCCUGCCCUUGGCACAGCAGCCUUGGCUCCCCUCUGGAGCCAUCUCAGUCCAGUCAGUACCCUGCUACGGAUGCCCCUGUUCUGCGCCGAAAGCGCACCUCCGAGGGGGAAACAGCUGGAGAUACCCCACAGUCCUCAAAGAUGGAGAGGCCAUCAGGGUUCUCCAAGCCUUCCUAUAGGUCUAGGCCCGGGAGGCCCCAGAGUCUGAUUCUCUUCAGUCCCCCUUUCCCCAUCAUGGACCACCCCUCUUCAGCAGACUCCAGGGUGUUGCUAUCGCCCAUAAGGAGCCCUACUCAGACCACCUCUUCGAGCCCCAUUUGUGGCGAUCUGUCUGAGCCUUCACGGACAACACCUGAGGGGGUGACGCUGCGGAACAAAAUGACCAUCCCUAAGAAUGGCCAGAGACUGGAGACCUCCACCAGCUGCUUUUACCAGCCCCAGAGGCGCUCUGUGAUUCUGGAUGGACGAAGUGUGAGGCAGAUCGAAUAGCAACUGCCUCUCAUAUUCCUUUUUCAUAGUGGAUGGGAUACGAGUGUCCAUGACCAACUCUGCUGCCAUUUUGCUGUUGUUAGAACUAUUUUGUGCAAGAUGGACCUGAAUCCUUUAGGGUUUCCUGCAAAGCAUUUUGCUAUGGAGGUUCAUAGUCGUUUUGUCUUGCUUCUCCUUCUCUUUCUCACCCCUGCCUAUUCCCUCAUUGUCUGCUUCUUUUUUGCAAGCCAGUCCCAGGGAGCUUGCAUUUCCUCAUAGUCAUUGUCUAACAAAGCCCUGUGAAAGUCCCAUCCUCCCUGUGAAAAAACAAGAAGAAAUCUUGGUAUAAUUAGAAAGUAGGGUUGGGGAGAAACAUUGUUCCAAAGCACUGCAGCCUGCACAUCUGCUAGGGAGGUAAGUCCAGAUGUUUGGGACCUCCUUCUGUUGUUUCCCAGCCACCAGUGAAGGACCAUGCUUAUCCAUCCCUGUUGUCUGAUUUAGACAGUGUAAAUCAACAGUGCAGGAGGCUGGGCAUAGCUGAAGAGGAAGGUGAAGCUGGCAUGAGCAAGUCAUACAGGGUGUAAAACACCCAAGGAUGUUGCAGUGACAAACAUACAACCUGAAGGUGCUGCCUGCAGCUCUGUCCUUGCAUCAGAGAUGUGCCCUUUCCAGCAUGUGCAAGGGCUGGAAUGGAAGCAGCCGGGCAGGAAACACCCAGCUGUUCUUUUAAUCUCCCAAAUCCAGCUCAUGAGCUCUGUUGUGCUCAACCACACCUCCCUGGGGCAGACAAGGUCCAUGUGGCUGGGGAAUGAGUGUGAAGCUGACUGUCCAGUGGUAGAGACCCCUCAGGCUGGUGUCAGUGAAAGCAAAGACACAGUCUUAACAAAGGCCAUAGUCAACUAUUUCCAUCAUUGCUUAAAGCCAGAUGACACCUCUGCAACUGUCUCCAGCUGUGCUCCACACUGCCAACAGCAGGGAAAACCAAGAGCAUCUUUUGAUCUACAUGGCCUUGGGCUAUUGCCCUCUUGAACCCUGACUGAUAUAUCUUUGACCCUUGGUCUUUCAUUGCCACUGUGUGGCAUGUCCCCAUGUGCUUCUUCUUCCUUUAAACCUCCUCUCCUUGGGGUUUUACACUGUUUCUUUGAGACCACAGCUGGUUGUCACCUCCCUGGCCUUCACUGCUUUCAGAUGGUUAAGAUUAUGGCAACGAGGAUGAUGUUUAGGACUGCGGAACAGAUAAUGAACAAUACAAUGAGAGCGAGAUUUGAGGUGAAUUAAACUCUCUCCUGAAGGGCUGUUAUUGCUACAGGCAAAUACACAUUCAUAUAAGCAACAGAUGCCACAGAAACAGAAUUAAAGGUUCCUUUGUAAAGCCUCUAACUCUACAUUCACAGCAGGCUUGUCUAUUGCCUGGGAUGCGACCGGGGGUGAUUGCAAAGGCACAUACAGCCUGUGCUGCCUCUGCAAUUUAAGUGCCACUGGAGACUACAGAGGAGAUGGGAACACAGGUGUUGCUGCCAGCACUGAGAUUGUCCCUGUAAUGGUGCUUGCAGGGGCCAUCAUUCAUGGGGAGGUCUGUGUCUGUAGGCCCUCGGAUGGGUAUUAUGGGCUAUAGUUUAUGAAGUAACUGAGCAUCUGGUAGGAAGUGCUAUAGCCACCAUAAUGAGUGUCAGUCAGGAUUUCCUGAGGGAUGGAUGUUUAGGGCUUUUUUUGUGAAGUACUGGCAUUUUUAAACUGUUAGCAAACCCUUGAGCUCCUGGUGUGUACUGAAUGUGUCACUUCGUGUGUCAUUGCGGCUGGAGGGCUCAGAGCCUGUACGGUGCUUUCUCUGCACUCUUUGAUUGCUAAAGGAGGGAGAUGCCAGAAUACUUUUGAGAAGUUCUGGUCCCACAGAUUAAAGGAAUGUAUCUUCAGCAGAAUUUUCUCCUAGAAUCCAAAGGAAGUGUGAAAAAACAGGAGGGCUUUUCCCUGUCAGUGCUUGCAGCUUUUGAUCCUCCCCGCUGUACUCCUUGCUUGUGCAUAAUGCCAUGUGAGAGGGAACAGAGCAGAGCAGGAAGCCCAUGCCAUCAGUGUUGUGGAGGGAGAAUAUUACACCAGACAAGAGCCUGGAGUUCUUGUUGCAGAUCCAUGUUCUUUCACAGACUGCAGCCUAUGCUUUACCUGGGCAUGGCAGGUCCAGAAUAAUCAGCUUCAUGACAAUUGUGCUUUCCUUCUCCCUGACCAUAAAAUGCCUGUGAAGCCUCCUAUUAAAACUAUGGGAUUACCAGUCCUCGAUGCUCCUCAUAGCACAGCUCCGCUUGGCAUUUACAUGGCACCCAACUGCCUUUUAUACUGCCUCAUGGGAAAGCUUUCAACCACCAUGGCUGAGUUAAUGGCAAAUGACUUGAGAAGAUGUGAUACGAAGUAUUGUGGUAAGGUAUAGAGAAUGUAAAAGGUAUGGAAAUGAUGCACAGGGUUUUCUGGCAUCAAUAGAACAGUUUACUUUGGACGGGGAUUUAUAUUCUCUCAGUUCCUAGAAGUUUUAUCUGCCAAGGCAUCUGGAAUGGGGCCAGCAAAGCUCACGGAGUAAUUUGGAAAGGAAAAGAAAAUGUGAUGAAACCUUGGCACCUUAAAACAGUUCUUCUCUUUUGUUUUUUUUCCCCUUCCUUAUUCUCAUAUAAGCUGAUCUGUGAACAAGAAAUGAGGUCUGGCAAUUUGUGUAUAAUACACUGUCUUACUUCUGAACAGCAUUCCAGUAAGUAAUAGUGCUUUUGGCAUAAGUGGCGAAAUUCCUGCGAGAGAAAAUGACUCUAAAUCUUUACUUAAUAUUAAAGAUCAGCCUCAGCUGAAA